AUGGGCCAUCUCAUUACUGUCGCGACUUGUUCGCUAAACCAAUGGGCUCUGGAUUGGGAGGGCAAUACGGCCCGUAUCAUUGAGAGUAUUCAGAAGGCAAAGGCUGCCGGAGCACGGCUGCGUGUCGGUCCUGAACUCGAAAUAUGCGGUUAUGGCUGUCUUGAUCAUCUGCUCGAGCAGGACCUAUACUUGCAUUGCUUCGAGAUGCUCCGUCGCAUUUUGCUCGACGAGUCCUGCCACGACAUCCUUCUCGACAUCGGCAUGCCCGUACAGCACCGUAACCAGCGCUUUAACUGCAGAGUUCUGUGUCUCAACGGCAAGAUCCUUAUGAUUCGCCCCAAGAUGUGGCUCGCCAACGACGGCAACUAUCGUGAGAUGCGUCACUUCACACCCUGGAUGCACCCCCGCCAGACCGAGCAGUACCACCUCCCGCGCAUCCUGCAGGAUAUCCAAGGCUCGACUCAUGUCAUCUUCGGAGAUGCAGUGGUGUCGACACCCGACACGUGCUUUGGUGCUGAGACUUGUGAGGAACUGUUCACGCCCAACGCCCCACAUAUCGCAAUGAGCCUCGACGGUGUGGAAAUCAUCACCAACUCCAGCGGCUCUCAUUUCACUCUCCAGAAGCUCGACACCCGUUUGCAGCUCAUCAUGGAGGCUACCCGCAAGUGCGGCGGUAUCUAUUUGUACGCAAACCAACAGGGUUGCGAUGGUGAUAGGUUGUACUACGACGGCUCCGCCAUGAUUUUGGUCAAUGGCGACGUUGUUGCGCAGGGCUCACAGUUCAGUCUCAACGAUGUCGAAGUCGUUACGGCUACCGUUGACUUGGAGGAGGUGCGGGCUUACCGGUCUGCCAUCUCUCGCGGUCUUCAAGCUGCGCAGAGCGAUGCCAAGUAUGAGAGAAUCCAAACCUCUUUCGAGUUGAGCACCGACGACGAGGAUGCGGAUGUGGAGAAGUGCCCUUCGCCCCCUAUCAAGCCCAAGUACUACUCCGUCGAGGAGGAGAUUGCUCUGUGCGCUGGAUGCUAUCUCUGGGAUGUAAGACCAUCGGUAACCUCUUCUUUGAGCAAAACUGAUCAUUAUCAAUUUAGUACCUGCGACGAUCCGGAACUGCUGGCUAUCUUGUCCCCCUUAGCGGUGGAAUUGACUCCUGCGCCACCGCAAGUCCCAAUUGUGUACUCCAUGUGCCGCAUUGUAAUGAAGGCUGUCGAAGAAGGCAACCCCCAGGUCAUUGAGGACGUGAAGCGGAUCGCCAAGUACGACGGCGAGGGUGUGCUUCCCAAGACUCCACAGGCCCUCUGCAACCAGGUCUUCUCAACCAUCUACAUGGGCAUGAAGACGCAGAGCUCGGCUGAAACCCGCCAGCGUGCCAAGGACCUCGCCGAAGCUAUCGGCAGUUACCACAUCAACCUCGACAUUGACGACGUCUACCAGGCGCAGAAGAGCCUUGCUGUCAGCGCACUCAACUUUGAGCCUAGGUUCAAGGUCGAGGGCGGCACGGUUCAGGAGAACCUGACGCUGCAGUGUUUGCAGGCGAGAAUCCGCAUGGUUACCGCUUAUGAGUUUGGACAGCUUCUUCCUACUGCUAGAGGAAGACCUGGUGGUGGUGGCUUGCUCGUGUUGGGCAGUGCGAACGUUGGAGAGUCUUUGCGAGGAUAUUUCACAAAAUAUGACUGCUCCAGUAAGUCAAUUUGCGCGGACAUUAACCCCAUCGGCUCCAUCGACAAGGCCGACCUCAAGCGCUUCAUCGCCUGGGCCGAGAAGGACUUUGGUAUCCCGUGUCUGCACGACUUCCUCACCGCGGUCCCGACCGCCGAGCUCGAACCCAUCUCGGAGACGUACGUCCAGAGCGAUGAGGUCGACAUGGGUAUGACCUACCAAGAGCUCACAAUCAUGGGCCGUCUCCGCAAGGUCAACAAACUGGGCCCUUACGGCAUGUUCCAACGCCUCGUCCACGACUGGAGCGCCGAUCGCAAGCGAGGCCCGGAGGAUGACGCGCCCGCGUACGAGCCGAGACAGACAGCCGAGAAGGUCAAGAAGUUCUUCCACUUUUACGCCAUCAACCGUCACAAGAUGACGACGCUCACCCCGGCCCUGCACUGCAAUGACUACUGCCUCCUGUGCCUUCACUUUGAACGCGUCAUCACCGUUCGUUUACACGCAAUAGCAACAAUGCAUUCCUCCGUUUUUCUCCUCUUGACGUCGGUCAUGCUAGGCGCCGCUCAUCCGGGCCACCACGAGGAAUCGCAUCCAAGCCUUCUAGCUGCCCGUCAUGAACACCAUGGCCUCGCCCGUCGCGGCCUUGAGAGCUGCCAGAACACGAAGGCCUAUCGGGAUCUACAAGCCCGUGCUAUGGUCCGCCGCGCCCAAACCAUCGAGUACCACCGCGCCGUCCGCAAGGCCAAACGCGCCGUCGAUAGUGCCGGCACCGGGCAUAACCAGACAUCCGUUCACGCCGGCAUCGACACCUCGUCUCCGUCCGCCGACAUUUUCGGGUCCAACCACACCUGCAUCCUCAACCCCGAGGGUGAGAUCGGGCCUUUCUGGGUAAAGGGCGAGUACAUUCGCUCUGACCUCCGCGACGGCGAGCCUGGUGUCGAUGUGGUUCUGGACGGCCAGUUCAUUGACGUCGAGACCUGCGAGCCAAUCACCGAUCUGUACUGGGAUCUCUGGAACUGCAAUUCUACUGGUGUUUACUCCGGAGUCCAGGAGAGCUCCAACGGCAACGGAGACGAUGCGUCGAACUUGAACAAGACUUUCCUCCGCGGCAUCCAGAAAACGGACGCCGAUGGUGUUGUGCAGUUCCAGACCAUCUUCCCGGGCCACUACGGCGGUAGGACCACCCAUCACCACAUGGUUGCCUGGCUUGACGCCACCAUUCUCCCCAAUAACACUCUCUCCUCUGACCACGCCGCCCACAUCGGCCAGCUCUUCUGGGACCAGGACCUCGUCGAAGCCGUCGAAGCUCUCGAGCCGUACAACACCAACACUGUCGAGCAGACUCUCAACGCCGAUGAUCAUGUCGUCUCGGACGAGCUGGGCAGCAAUGCCGACUCCGACCCCUUUUUCCAGUAUGCUUACCUGGGCGACUCCGUCGAAGACGGCCUCUUCGGCUGGAUCACAAUCGGCAUCAACCGCACCGCCUCGUACGAGACGAGCUACAGCUUCGAGUACACCGCCAAUGGCGGCGUGGCCGUUGAGAACUCGGGUGGUUCUGGCGCCGGCGGCGCGCCUCCCAGCGGUUCUGCCCCUCCUGCUGCUCCCUCUUCCACCUCUGCUUAA